AUGACUCAGACUCUGUAUGAGGAGAAGGGUCGGGCUACGAUACGUGCGGAACGAACCAACACAAGACUUCAGGAACAGUGCCCAACAUACUUCAACGAAGAUGUGUGGAGGUCGUUCUGUUCUCAUUGGCGCAACAGAUCCUUUAAGAAGAAGUCUGCCAUUAAUGCAGAGAAUAGGAGAAAGCUUCAAGUGGUCCACACAACCGGGGCAAAGCCGUUCUAUAAGUUUAAACAAGAUCUGGAUCAGAAGUACAGUGAGUCUCCUACGGUUGUGCAAUACUGGGAUGAGACACACAAGAGCAAAAACACAGAGGAGUGGGCGUCUGAGAGGGCCCGGUUGAUUGGGAAUCAGAUGCGAGAGAUAUUGGCGACAAAAGAAGCCUCGGGGGAAGCAUCUCACGGUUGGAAAACUGAAAUUUCAGCACUAGUCGAAGCCCAAGGACCGAUUAAGAAAAACAGGGUCCUCGGUCUUCCUCGAGUUCCAGCAAAUUCAGUUAUCCAGGCCCUCCAGGAUACGCAGAGCCAGAUGAACUGCAGGUCUCAGCCCAGCAGCAGCGGGAGUGGUGCUGGGAGUUCCAGAUCCGGUCCCUGGAUCCCUGACGAAAGCUUCGACUUUCCUUGA